UUCAAAUAGUUUAAAUGAUAUCGAUACAUGUUUUCCAUAUCUAAUUGUCGUGAAAUUUUUUAUCAACAAUUCCAACCUAUUAAACGAGAGAUAUAUUGAACUAUACUUCUUGUAAUUAUGUGGAGUGAUACGAUUUUAAUAGUAUUUAUUUCUAUUUGCACAGCACUCUUAGGAGAAGGUCUUACUUGGGUAUUGGUAUAUAGGACUGAAAAAUAUCAAAAAUUGAAAGGUGAAGUUGAGAAGCAAAGCAAAAAAUUGGAAAGGCGUAAGGAAAUCCAUGGAGAAUCGCUUGAUAAAUCACAGAAAAAGAAAAUUGAACGCGAUGAAGAGAAACUGAAAAAUAAUAAUAGAGAUCUGUCGUUGGUUAAAAUGAAGUCUAUGUUUGCGACGGGCUUCGCAUUUACAGCGCUUCUCAGUAUGUUCAACAGCAUCUUUGAUGGACGUGUCGUAGCACAGCUACCCUUUACACCCAUUUCUUGGAUCCAGGGUUUGAGCCAUAGAAAUUUGUCGGGUGAUGAUUACACCGACUGCUCUUUUAUCUUCCUUUAUAUACUUUGCACAAUGUCUAUUAGACAGAAUAUUCAAAAGCUUUUAGGUUUUGCGCCUUCAAGAGCAGCUAGCAAACAGGGUGGAGGAUUGUUUGGACCCACACCGGGACAAUUUAAAUAAACGUACAUUUUAACCCAUCUGUAUUCUAGAUAUCAAACACUCACUCGGGGAGUUGUAAAAACGAAUUAAAGUUUUGUGUAUAUUAAUUUAAAAAAUAUAUUCAUUAUAAUUAUAACACAAAAA